AUGCAUUUCAGGGUCGCUGUUACGCUGCUUAAUCUCGCCCUCUUCGCAGCCGCGACACCCUUUCGUUCGAGGUCGGUCACGGUGAUCAACACAUGCCCGUACAACAUCUUCCUGUGGUCCGUGGGCGACCGUCAAGGUGCACGAGUCACCCUCGUCCCCGGCGCGGCUUGGAGCGAGGCCUACUACAAGAAGGCGGAUGGGAGCGGUCCAUCCAUCAAGCUAUCGACCAACCCGCACGACGAAGGCGACCUGCAGAACGACAUCUACCAGGUCGAGUACACCGUACACGAUGACGGCCGCAUCCAGUACGACAUGUCGGCCGUCAACUGCUACUCGCACAACCCCUGGGGAUGUCCGUUCGUCCACGAAGGCACAAAGCUGGAAAUCGACAACCCGACGUGCAAGGGCUUCGAGUGUCGGCCGGGGGAUGUUCACUGCCGUCAAUCCUACCUCGCCCCUAAGCACGAUCAUGCGAAUAGGGGGUGCCCCUCGGGAGGUGCGCUGACCUUUACCGCGUGCUCUGGCUAG